UGCAAACGCGCGCCGGGUAAUUUGUGGUCUGUGGGGUAAGGUCUAAGUUCUAACUUCAAGAAAUAAGAAUUAUUUAUUAUUAUUUCCUGCAGGCUGCAGCUCGGUCAUAGAAGGAUGCAGUGGUGAAGUAAACUCAGUCCCUAGUCCCUAAAGUGAAUAUAAAUACGUGAUACGUACAACUGUACGUUAAGGAGACGUCGUACGCUCGACCAAAAUCGCCGGCGCACAUACAACAGUGUUCAACAUGCUGAAACUGAAAGGGAAUAAUUUAGGAAAAAGACAUCAGGAGCUCAAUAAAGAAGUUAUUAAAACAACAUCUGAAAAUGUAGACUUUGACUUAGUUAAGGGUCUUAAAGAAGAUUCAGAUGCUGACAGAUUAUAUAAAAUUGAUGUCGCUUCUGUGUAUAAAAAUAUGGAUUACAUAAUAGAAACACUCAAAUGUGGAGACAGUUUGUAUAUUUCAAGGGCUCUCAAAAAAUGCACUUGGUUAUAUGAAAAUGAGAAUUCCUAUAUAAUAAAUCCUGAUUACCUGCAUCAUGAAGUGUUUCCCUUUAUGUCAAGUAAAAUGACAAAAAAAUUGCUUACCACUAUAUCCAUACAUGUCAGAGAUGAAAAAAGAGCAGAAGAUUUUUACAACUACUGCAUAAGAGACAAAAAACUAAAUAACAUUGCUACAAAAUUUUUAGUUUGGACCUCUGAACAACAUAAACUGGAAUAUAUCAAUAAAAAUAAUCAUAUUGAUAAAAUAAAACUGAAAUAUAUAAUUGGUAAUUCUUUUGAUCUUGCUGAAGUGUAUCUAACAAAAGAAAAGUGGCAAAUGAAUGAGAAGGUACAUGCACUUUGUUAUUUGAUUAAUAUUUCCAGUGAAAAAUACUUGAACUUAAUGGAGAAAUACAUUGAUAUAAGUACAAAUGCACCAAAAUUGGGGCAUCGGUAUUCUAAAGUUAUAAUAACUAAGCAUAAGGAAAGAGUUUCAAAUAAUGUACAGCUGUAUCUUAAUAAGUUAAACUUGGAUGUGGUGGCAAAACAUUCUUCAGUUGAAGAUGUCAAAAAAUAUGCAAUUGCUCUUUUACCUCCCACUGCCGAAGAAUUUUGGUCUAUGGACUUUUAUGAUACUUACAAGAAGAUCUUUAAAAUAUUACCCCAAAAUGAAGUAUAUAGGUUUUUAAGAGAGAUUUUUCUUUCAAAGUAUCUAAAUGAGCCAUUUGAAAUGAGUAAAAACUUUUACAACUUAAAUUAUUAUAAGCUCUUAACAAGCAAAGAGAGAGAGAUGUGGGCCUUAGAAAAUCUGAAGCAAAACAAUGUAUUUCCUGGCAAAGAUGAUGGUGAUAUUUGGUUUUGGUAUCAGUUUGUAAACUUUGAACUGGCAUUUAAAGAAAUAAAAACAUGUAUUGCUGUCUGCAAUAGCAAUUAUAAAAGGGAAGCUAUGGUUGAUGUUCUAAUAGACAGUGUUAAAAAUGAGGAGGAAUUAGAAAAGUUGUUAAAAUAUUACUAUGAAAGACAUAUUAAUGAAAGUGAAGGCAGCAAAAUGGAAUUUAUUGAGAAUAUAAUUGAUAAGCACAAUGCUUACAAAUUUGAUGAAAAUUCUUGGGAUGUUUUCAAUAAAAUAUUACAUAGUACAAGUUUUUUUUCAAAGGGAUAUUCCGCUUAUGGAUCCAAUAGUUAUAAAACUUUUAUUAUAAUUUACUGUUUUAUACACAAUAAACCAAUUCCAAAAAUUUUGGAGGACUAUGUUAUAACAAGAAGCAAUGCUCAGUGUAUAAAAUAUGAUAUGAAAAACCUUCAUGAGAAGUUAACUAAUGAACAAAUGAAAGCUGUCUAUCAAAAAUGUAUUGAUUUGUGUACAAAUAAAUUGAAACUUUUUGAUACUCAAACAUAUGAUGCAGUAAAGAAUGAGGCUAGAGAAAUUUUUGAUUUUGCUUUAGUUAUAAUGGAGGCAUUUGAAAAGACUAAAGAUGAUUGCCCAGAUAUUAUCUUGAAAUAUAUGAAAUUAGACGAUUACUAUAAAGGUUAUAAGUUUGUAAAUAAUAAUGAAGAAAUUACAGAAGGAACACUACUACGACUGCUGAAAGUUGAUUCUCAAGCACUUCUCCAAAAAUUCGCCGAUAUAUCAGGCUGCUUUCCAAGAAUAAGAAUUAAUAACUUAUUAAAAAAAAUUAAAGUAUAUUUUUCAAAUGACGUUGCCAAAGAUUGGCUUUCUCGUUGUGAAUCAUUAUUGCUUGAUGAAUAUGAGUAUGAUUUAUUUACAGCAUUAAUUGUUUCUGUAUUCCUCAUAGGAAGUGACGAUUACAAAAUUAUGUUCGUAUCUAAAUAUGUACCAGAAGAAGUAAAGAUAUCUCAUGACUCAAUUGAUAGAAAAUUGUUGGCUAUCCAAGAAAGAAUCUGUCGUUUAGCUCUUCACUCUCGACCUCCCAUUCCACUGGAAUGCAUUUUACCCUAUAUUAAAGGGGAUUACGUACAUUACUGUUUACCGAUGUUCGGAUCCUACCUGAGCAACCUUCCAAGGCCCCUAUGCAUAAAGUUUGUCUCUGCCAUUUUGAACACCCCUGUAUCUGUACAAAAGCAUGGCUUACGUUUAGCAUUUCAUUGUUUUAGUAUAGAAGAUCUGAUCAAUUUGAUCGACAACGUUUGGAAAUCUACAAAAAAUGUAUCUUUACGAAUGACUAUUUUUAAAGCCCUUUGCGAAAAAAUUGAAAACGUAGAUGAGAAUUCCCAACAAAAACUCUACGAAGUUCUGAAAAUGUUAACAUCAGAUUUGCACGAAAACGAUACUGACGACGUGUUUAAUCUUUUAACACAUUUCAAAUUAUCACAAUUUAAAGCAGACUUUUUAAAAACAGCUUGGUAUACUGUUUCAAACUUACCAGAACAAAGAUCAAAAAAUAUCCAAAGAAAACUUGCGAUCAUCAACAAAAUGGAAUCGGAGAUUGCUAUAAUUGAUAAGGAAUUCUGUCGUAGUCAAAUACUUGAUAAGUUUGUCCGCUCGAUAUUGACUGAUCAAAAUAUUGGUCAGUUUUCUCAAAACAAGGAUAUGAAAAGUCUUAUUGAAGCCAAGUGGAAACUUGCUGCCAAGUAUAUAAUUUACAUUGAUAAUGAUCAAAGUUUAGAACUGUUACACUUCAUUUUACAGAGAUGUACUGAAAUGUGGAAUGUAACAGACAAUGGUUACUACACGUCAAGAAAACUUUUGUUCGAGUUCAUUGAUACAAUAUUACUUUACUCGUAUUGUAAGGAUAAUAAGGCUGAAUCUAUACCAGUUUUGGAGUAUAUUGUAAUGAUACUAAGUGAAUUUCUGCCUAUGACACAAUUCUAUAAGCUUUAUGUAAAAUUGAAUUUAAUUAUUAUUUCGAAAAAAAUAAUAGGGUUGAACCAAGGCAAUUAUUCCCAUUUAAUACCGGAAAAUGUAGCCAGUGGUUUGGCUGCUGAAGUUCUAGUAUUCUUGAACGAUCUCAAGGUUAAGAAGCUGUGGUAUCCAAGCUUUUCUAAUAAAAUUGGCUCGUUGUUGUGUAAAGCUAUUGAGACAAUGUCAUACGGUACGAAUUUGCAAAAAGUUGAAAUCUUAAAGACUCUGGUUAGCUCUCAUUUAAUCGAGGCCCAACUUCCAGAAGCACAUCUCCUUGCUCUCUGUAUCCUGCCCCCACAACGUCCUGAAGAGUGUCGAGACAUUUGGUCAGGUGUCAUUGACAAAAUUCAAAGUGGGGAUAAUGUAGAAUUACAGGCAUAUUUACAAGAAUAUCUUGUACAUAAUAAUAAUUUCAAAGAAAUUUAAAAUAUGUAUGUAAAGUUAUGUAAGCGGCAGCAUUUUUAUUGUACUUAAAUUAAGAUUUAGGGAACUUUUUUUGUACAAGGGUCACAUAUUAUAAUCGUUAUGUAAGAAACUAUAUACGUACAGUAGGCGUCAGGUAAAAAGAUCUGUGUUAGGUACAGUGGAGGGAAUGUGUCUGCGGGUACUGUAUUUUCCUACCAGCGCAGUGCGAGACGUGAAAGGUUGUCUGACGAAUUAAUAACGCGGUCUCCUCGCCGGGCCUCUCCUCGUCCCACCAAAUAAAUAAAUCACCCACUGCGCAGAGCCUCGAUAGCUCAACGGUUAAAGGAGCAGACCGAAAUCCGAAGGUCGCCGGUUCAAACCUCACCCGUUGCACUAUUGUAGUACCUACUUCUAGCACAAGCUUUACGCUUAGUUGGAGAGGAAAGGGGAGUAUUAGUCAGCAUGAUAAACUUGGCUAAUAUUCUUUAAAAUAAAAGGUUAAAGUUUUUGAAGGAACUGACAGAAUUAAAACCUCUCUUGUCUCUCUGGGUAACGCCGCACCUGGAGCGCCUUUCACCGAUAUGCUACAACUCUAUCCUACAGUGCCGACAGAUACA